GAUGGGUGGCAUAACACGUCUUCUCCUUCUGCUGUGGGUCGGUGUCACAGUGAGCACAGUGGUGGAUCUGCAGAAGAGAAUCAUCGGAGGUCAAGAAUGUCGACAAGAUGAGGGUCAUUACCAUGUGCGCCUGACGGAAAGACCUGGUACUAAAGAGCCUCUCUGUGGUGGCUCUUUGAUCAGUGACCGCUGGAUUCUGACUGCAGCUCACUGCUAUGAGCCAGGACGGACUAUAUAUGCAACUUUAGGUGUGCAUCCAGGUCCUGGAAAAGAAGUGAAAAUCACAGACGAUCCUGUGAUCUUUACGGACGGAGAUGGCAGACGUCAUGACAUCAUGCUGCUGAAGCUACCUAAAAAGACUGACAUUACUCCUAUUAAACUUCCUGACUGUGAACAUACUCCCCAAGUAGAUUAUUUGGUUCAGAUGGCAGGUCAUGGACCCACACAAAUGGGCAGUAAUUCUGAGAGAGGUAAUGAUAUAUCUGAUACUCUCCAAUGUGCAAACAUCAAGGUUGUCGACUGUCAGCAGCUCAGAAACUGUUUGGAAAGCAAUGACCCACAGUUUUAUGCAGACAUAGAAUAUCAACACUGGUUCUGUGGCCAGAUGCCAAAUGUGGAUAUCAGUCCAGGUGACUCUGGUGGAGGAGUGGUGUUCAAUGGCAGGAUUUAUGGUGUCAUAGCUAUUGGUGGUAAUUAUACCCAUGCUUGUGUUGAAGCAGCUGGAUUUAUGAACGUCUGUGAAUACAUGGACUGGAUCGAAAAAAACAGUGGUGGACUCCUGACCAAACUACGCCACAAAAUGAAAUCUCUGGUGUUUUGGGGAUGAAAGGUCCCAUUCAUCAGCAUUUUCACUGAUUGGUUUAGAUUAAUUGUUCAGCUAUUAUUUGGAAAACCCUUUAAGACAGUCAGUAACUGUCAUUCUGCAAUAUGACUGUAGUUUCAAAAUGUAGUGUCUGAUUUACUAAUUCAACAGAUUUAGCAUGUUAUUACACAUUGUAUGGGGAAAACUGACAGACACAUGCUAGUCUGCUCUUCUUUCAACAACACUGAUAAAAAUGCUAAAUAUGACUCAUCUUGUAUAAGGUUGUGUCUCUUAAAAUAAAAUUGAGUUGGCUCACAA